GCAAUACAGAGAAUAUAUAACCCUGGUGUCCAAACUCGUCAGGGGAGUAGACUGUGCUCCUCAGAUGGCUGACUUCUUUGAAUUCACACAAACGAUACAUCCACGAGGUCAUCCGUACAAACUGAAGGAACACCAUGCCAAGGUGCUGCUGACCACCGGCACAAGCGAAAUUGCUUUUAUUUUUUUUAAAAUUGUGGCUAUGAAUGGGGUUUCACGACCGCAUUCAGCACGAGCUCUUGCCGAAUCAUGGCUUGAAAACAAUUUUGCCAAUGGUAGCUUAACCCUUAUCGAAUACCACGAAAGAAGACAUCAGUUGGCCGAAGCAAUCAGACUUGGAAUAGACUCUGGUGCAACAAAAACUGAAAGUAUACUAGGCACCAUUAAAAGUCUUUACCACGACAGUUUAUUCCGUGGACGCUGGUACUUUGCGUCUGUUGAUUGUGACCACUUUGCAUCUGAAGCAUGGGAGCGCACUUUUGCUUGUUCAUAUCGAAACACUCAGGUUAUCCUUUCUGCGUUGUUCCGUUUGCCUGUUUAUCGAGAACGCCUUUUUGGUUCCAUAUCAGCAAUGCCUUCAAUCUGGAAGUUGCAAACUCUGCUGGAAUCAGCGUGGCAAAGUGGAUUUGACCCCGUGGGUCGCAGUCAGAUAGCAGACAUAUUGUCUUCUGCAAAUCCAUUGUGCGAUAGCACUGUUUGGCUGGGCGGAACAGAGGUGGCUGCUCUUCUAGGCUAUCUCGGUGUGAAGUGCUGUAUCGUGGACUGUCCAGAGUCGCACCAAAAGGACGGUUAUCAGAAAAAUCUUCUGAAACAUCUCUUAGAAUACUUUAAAUUAUCAUUGAUUACCUCCGGAUCGUCAACUACACCGACAGUUCAAACGCUACCUGUAUAUCUUCAGUAUGAAGGUCACAGCCUUGUUGUAGUUGGUAUCGAAGUAGACAGUUACGACCAACCGACUGCUCUUAUGUUACUUGAUCCGAAUGUUUCCACAGCGUCGAUGCAAUCCCUAACAGAGGCGCUGGUUAACGAACGAAUAGGACAAAACCAAUCGAUUUUUAUGCCCCCAGAGGGUGCUUUGUCCACAAACUGGAGUCGAGUUAUGGGAGUUAUGCGAAUGGAU